AUGCUUCAACAUUUGCGCUUCCACAGACGGGGGCCGUCCAAUCCCACCUCUCCCAUACCCGAGAACAGCCCCUGGGAUGCCGCCUCGCUCCAGCCCGCCCAGCUAGUUCCCGACGAUGGCGUACCAACUCCAGAGAUACGCCCGCGAGACUCGACCUGCGUUUCCUUUGCGCGUGCCCACAGCCAGCCCCCUGAGCCGAACUCCCGACAGCAGCAGCACCAUCAUCAGCAGCAGCAAUACCAGCAUGCUCCAAGUCUACCUCCCAUCGCCAGGGUUGUGUCUGCAGAUUCAGAACAACCCAUAGAUCCUAGAGACUCUGAGCCGAAGCCGAGCGACGAAGCGAAACCCUUGCCUCGAUCUCCUUAUAACGCACAGUCUGGCUUCAUCGGUGGGUUGGCACUGCAGAAUUAUCGCCGCGAGCAGAUUGCCAUGAAACCAGUCUCGUCAGAUCGGACCAGCGUGAACAAGCCAGAUAAUCAAGAGUUUCGGUCGAAUUCCUCCAUGCCCAGUCCCCCGACUAGGCCUUCGCCGCCCGUAAGACCGGGCCAUGCUGCGUCUUCCUUCGUGAGCCCGAUCGACCUUCAUCAUGCGCCUGUUACGGGGAAGCGCCCUCCAGGUGCCAGGUUGACGUCAGACCCUGAAGGGCUCUCAAGCCCUCCCGGGAACCAUGAUCCUCCAGCUCCACGAGGGAGGAAAAGUUUACCUUUCUUGAGAAACUCCAUGUCUACGUUGCUGUUACGGAGGAAGACGAGCCAAAACAUACCCGAACUGACCUUGCCCCUCCGGAAUCCACCAGACGUGGCCCCGUAUGAUCCUCGUAUCAGGGGAACGCGUGUACAUGACUUCAGUGCCCCAAGGCCGAGAAGAGUCUUUUCCAGCAACGAUCCGGCAAGUCUAGGGGGUGACAAGGCCUCCCAAGAUAACGUCUCUCCUGUCCCGGACAGCAGCCUGACGCCUGUCAUAGAGGCGCCUCCGAUUCCGCCGAAAAACGAACAUGCUAAUUCAGUUCGAACGUCGUCGACAUCUUCAAAAACAGUCUCAUGCGACAAUAUAUUUGGGCAGAAGUCGCAGGACGUCACGAGAGCCGAAUCAAGUAUUCUGGGAAAGGGCACACCGGAUGGCCAGAGGCCGAAAAGCUCCAUACCGCCGUCGCUGGCAUCCUUGUCGCGCAAUGUGUCGGAAGCGUCAAACAGAGAUAUCCUCUCGUCUUUACCUAAGCACAUGAAGAGCACAUCAUCGAGAUUCAGUUUCGAUAUGAUUGGAGCAGCCAAGCAAGAGAAAUUGCUCGAGGAGAGGCAUAGACAGCGACAGCAAGAUAAGAAGGCGGAGGAACCGACUGGCCAUCGGGACUCACGCUUCGAUGAUUUCGACGAUGACGGUUUUGAUUAUGAUGCGAUGGAAUAUGAUGAUGGGCUGGAAGAACGAAUACCAGGUGUCAACGCUGAUCUGGACGACGAAGAGAACAUUGGAACAGUCGACGAUCCAGACAACGACCAAGAAAACUUCGCAGGGUUUGUGUUCCAGAGAUCUGGCCCAACGUCUUCCUUGGCAAGUCCUCUUAGUGCUGGCAUCUUACCAACACCAAGAGAUGUCGAUGGCAAUGUCAUUGGUUAUGCAAUGACCGGAGGGACGCCGGAGCUUGAUCGACAAUCACUGAGCUCCUUGGAAGACCUAAGCGAACACUUUUCGGUAAAGCUGCCAGAACAAGAUGCUCCGACUGGCCUCGGAAUUCAAGGGCUCGAAGUGCCGUUUGAUGACAUCGAGACAUCCGCAUCUGACGAGCCAAAACCGCAAGUCGAUGUCCCAAGACCUGUGGACAAAAACGACGAACUCUACUUCAAUGACGGUUUGAUUCACGACUUUGACGGUGAGGGGGAUGGCUCCGCCUUUGACGAGUCGAUCUUUGACCUAGAGGACACCGAUCGAUACGGACGGCCAAUUCCGGGGAUGUUUGCCAAUGCCUUGUCGCAGCGGACCGCAGUUGAGGAGGAAAAGAAACGUGAUUCUGACGUGACUUCCAGACUGUCAGCACAUUCUGGCUCAUCACAAUCCACUGCUCACACGUCGGUCAGUGUUGAGGCCCGGUCUGGGCCGGCCGAGUCCCCUAGGCCACAGGACGUGAGCAAUCGAGAUGAUGAGACGGUCCAAGACGACGAAUUACAAGCGCCGAACCAAUCACUACCGGCUGAAGACGAAAACAACAUGGCAGCAUAUCAAGCGGCGUUGGCAGCAGCUGCUCAUCAGGCCGCGGCGUCUGGAAAGUUUCGGAGGGACUCAUCGCCGUCGCCACCACCCCUACCAGCAGAAUUGACAAUAACCUCACCGACAACGUCUGGAUCGUCCCACACUCCUUCAUACCCAGAUAUGAACGAUGAACUUGAUGAUUAUGAACUCGACGAUGGCUUCUCUGCAGGACUAGACGAUUAUGAGCUGGAUGAUGAUGCUAUCAUCGCAGAAGCCAAUGCUAGUGCUUUGGCUAAUGACUCGGAUGGCUGGUAUGGGCAGGAGUUUGGAUUUUAUUCCGCUCCCGCUCCGCAGGUUCAUCACAGCUCGAACGCUCCUCCAGACCUACUCAGUGAGAAGAACCUCUCCCAAUACUCGCACGGCGGCUACUUUGUCCCCAGUGGUGUUAGUCGAACCAUCUCUGGUCGUGUUGUUUCGCGCGAGCCGAACCUCACGCCUAUCACGGAGCGCUCCGAGUACUCCAACAGGAAUUCGCUCAUGAGUUUGGGCAUGCCACCUGGACCGAGCAGCGCUGGGGCACUGCAGAGUCCGGGCUUAGCGCAACUUGCCAUGAUGGCUGAUGACGACAACAUGUCCUUGUCAGCGCUCCUCCGUCUGCGCUCCAGAGCUUGGGGUGGAUCUCAAGCAUCAUUAGUGAGCUCUCGUGAUGCAUCUCCCAAUGACCGAAACGGCGCUUCCAGCCCGUGGGGCCCAGAGGUUGGCGGUGUAGCUUAUACUCAUGGACGGAAGAACUCGGCCUUUUCCAUCUACAGCCAGGACUCUGCAGUCUCUGCUGGAGCUGCAAGUGGCUCCGGGAGUCCUACCUUGACUAUGUCAAUACCGAGCGUGCCGAAUAACUCAAUACCCCCCCUCAACAUUCCCGCAAACUCCAUCUCUAAACAAAUCUCCUCUCCCGUCGCCGUGCCGAUUUUCUCACCCUUGCAACCAUCUUCAGCGUGUCCCCCAGUUUUCGAGGACGAAGAGACGAGCCCGGGCGAUUUCAGGAUGAAGUCGCCGAGACCUUUCUCCGAGAACAUAAGCCCUACUGCGGGUCUGCCAUCUCAGAACCGUCAGGGCAUGGGCCAUCGCCACAGAGGAAGCGCUGACAGCAUCUCGUACACGAAGGAGGAAGACAGCGGCGAGACCCGGUGGAUACUUGAGCGACGUCGAACCGCCGAGUCGGGUGAGAUUGAGAUUCUUGGCCGAGAGGUCGUUGGUAACGGGAGGAUCUAG